GGAGAAGCUUCCUGUGUGUGUGGAGAGAGGAGCAGGAGUGAGGACGCUGGUGCUGGGCUUGUUUUUCACACAUUAGCUGCUUGUUUUUUAUUUUAGAGUUGGCAACAUUGGACACAACACAUUUCAGUGGAGGCGGCGGGAGAGGAGGUGACGGUGACCGGCAGUGAGGUAACUUAAGGAGCUGGAGUCCCACUAAGAAUAGAAGACAAGGCUGCAGAAAGAGACGGGAAACGAUCUUGUUCCCUGAUCUAGAAAACUAAAGAUAUAAUUUCUUCUUUAGCUUCUGAAUGGUUCAAAGAAACGAUUUUCAUGUUAUGGAUAGAAGUUUUUAUCCAUUACAUGAUGAGUCUCACAGGAGAGAGACCACAUCUGUGUUCUGAGUGUGACAGAAGCUUUACAUGCAAAUCAAAACUUAUCAGACAUCAGAGGAGUCACACGGGAGAGAGACCAUUUAUAUGUUCUGAAUGCAGCAAGUGUUUUUCCCAGAAGUCAUGUCUUCUUAUACAUCAGAGGAGUCACACAGAAGAGAAACCAUUUAUUUGUUCUGAAUGCAGCAAGUGUUUCUCCCAGAAGUCACAUCUUGUUAUACAUCAGAGGAGUCACACAGGAGAGAAACCACAUCUGUGCUCGGAGUGUGACAGACGCUUUACAUGUAAAUCACAUCUUAGCAGACAUCAGAAGAGUCACACAGGAGAGAAACCACAUAUGUGCUCGGAGUGUGACAGAAGCUUUACAUAUAAAUCGCAGCUUAUCAGACAUCAGAGGAGUCACACAGGAGAGAAACCAUUUGAAUGUUCUGAAUGCAGCAAGUGUUUUUCCCAGAAGUCAGAGCUUGUUAUACAUCAGAGAGUUCACACAGGAGAAAAACCAUUUGAAUGUUCUGAAUGCAGCAAGUGUUUUUCCCAGAAGUCAGAGCUUGUUAUACAUCACAGGAGUCACACAGGAGAAAACACAAUUAUAUGUUCUGAAUGCAGCAAAUGUUUUGCCAGGAAGUCAUAUCUUGUUAUACAUCAGAGGAUUCACACAGGAGAGAAACCAUUUAAAUGUUCUGAAUGUAGCAAGUGUUUUUCCCAUAAGUCAUUUCUUAUUCGACAUCAGAGGAGUCACACAGGAGAGAAAUCAUUUAUAUGUUCUGAGUGCAGCAAAUGUUUUUCCCAUAAGUCAUAUCUUGUUAUACAUCAGAGGAGUCACACAGGAGAGAAACCAUUUAUAUGUUCUGAAUGUAGCAAGUGUUUUUCCCGGAAUUCACAUCUUGUUAUACAUCAGAGGAGUCACACAGGAGAGAAACCAUUUACAUGUUCUGAAUGUAAGAAGUGUUUUCCCCAGAAGUCAAAGCUUGUUAUACAUCAGAGGAGUCACACAGGAGAGAAACCAUUUGAAUGUUCUGAAUGUAGGAAGUGUUUUUCCCAGAAGUCACAUCUUGUUAUACAUCAGAGGAGUCACACAGGAGAGAAACCAUUUACAUGUUCUGAAUGCAGCAAAUGUUUUUCCAGGAAAUCACUUCUUAUUAUACAUCAGAGGAGUCACACAGGAGAGAAACCAUUUACAUGUUCUGAAUGUAGCAAGUGUUUUACUAGUAAGAAAACACUCAGUAAUCACAUGCGGAGUCACUCUGAGGGCCUGAAUGCAGCUUGUAAAACUAAAGAUAUAAUUUCUUCUUUAGCUUCUGAAUGGUUCAAAGAAACGAUUUUCAUGUUAUGGAUAGAAGUUUUUAUCCAUUACAUGAUGAGUCUCACAGGAGAGAGACCACAUCUGUGUUCUGAGUGUGACAGAAGCUUUACAUGCAAAUCAAAACUUAUCAGACAUCAGAGGAGUCACACGGGAGAGAGACCAUUUAUUUGUUCUGAAUGCAGCAAGUGUUUCUCCCAGAAGUCGCAUCUUGUUAUACAUCAGAGGAGUCACACAGGAGAGAAACCAUUUAUAUGUUCUGAAUGCAGCAAGUGUUUUUCCCAGAAGUCAUGUCUUCUUAUACAUCAGAGGAGUCACACAGAAGAGAAACCAUUUAUUUGUUCUGAAUGCAGCAAGUGUUUCUCCCAGAAGUCACAUCUUGUUAUACAUCAGAGGAGUCACACAGGAGAGAAACCACAUCUGUGCUCGGAGUGUGACAGACGCUUUACAUGUAAAUCACAUCUUAGCAGACAUCAGAAGAGUCACACAGGAGAGAAACCACAUAUGUGCUCGGAGUGUGACAGAAGCUUUACAUAUAAAUCGCAGCUUAUCAGACAUCAAAGGAGUCACACAGGAGAGAAACCAUUUGAAUGUUCUGAAUGCAGCAAGUGUUUUUCCCAGAAGUCAGAGCUUGUUAUACAUCACAGGAGUCACACAGGAGAAAACACAAUUAUAUGUUCUGAAUGCAGCAAAUGUUUUGCCAGGAAGUCAUAUCUUGUUAUACAUCAGAGGAUUCACACAGGAGAGAAACCAUUUAAAUGUUCUGAAUGUAGCAAGUGUUUUUCCCAUAAGUCAUUUCUUAUUCGACAUCAGAGGAGUCACACAGGAGAGAAAUCAUUUAUAUGUUCUGAGUGCAGCAAAUGUUUUUCCCAUAAGUCAUAUCUUGUUAUACAUCAGAGGAGUCACACAGGAGAGAAACCAUUUAUAUGUUCUGAAUGUAGCAAGUGUUUUUCCCGGAAUUCACAUCUUGUUAUACAUCAGAGGAGUCACACAGGAGAGAAACCAUUUACAUGUUCUGAAUGUAAGAAGUGUUUUCCCCAGAAGUCAAAGCUUGUUAUACAUCAGAGGAGUCACACAGGAGAGAAACCAUUUGAAUGUUCUGAAUGUAGGAAGUGUUUUUCCCAGAAGUCACAUCUUGUUAUACAUCAGAGGAGUCACACAGGAGAGAAACCAUUUACAUGUUCUGAAUGCAGCAAAUGUUUUUCCAGGAAAUCACUUCUUAUUAUACAUCAGAGGAGUCACACAGGAGAGAAACCAUUUACAUGUUCUGAAUGUAGCAAGUGUUUUACUAGUAAGAAAACACUCAGUAAUCACAUGCGGAGUCACUCUGAGGGCCUGAAUGCAGCUUGUGUAUCAUAACUAAUGUAACUUAUCACAACUGUAUGAAUUCAAUGGAACCAAUAUUUAUUUUCUGAAUGUGACAAGUGUUUUAUAUAAAUCUGUCUUGAUAAAGACAGGAGAGGUCUGACAAGUGGACCUGGAGGUACUUUUCCCCUUGGAAGGUCUCUGUGUUGGGAACUAGAGCUGCAGUAUAACAAUAGCCAAUGACCGUGGGACUGCCAUUACUGAGCUCUGUAAUAUACAGCUGUUCUGCUCAUGCAGGUGCUGGGACUAGUAGAGAAUUCCAGCAGCUCCUCUCAGUACUGGGAUUCCUUCUCUGACCAGCAGGGCUAUGAGUGCUGGGUAUUUCUACAGGAACAAUGUAUGCUGCUCUGUUUCACCGUAUGGGUUAUUGUACGGGGUGUUAUUUUUAACCACUUUUAGAUGCCAUUUUGUCCAUGUUUAACUCCAUUUUGUAUGUGUAUGACCUCAUUGCUUUAUAUACUGUACAUACUUUUUAUUAGUGCUUUGCAGACAUAUAGGCACCAGUUAGAAAUAAAGUCUCACGUUAAGUUACAAGUUUUCUUUCACCUUUGACAUAGUGUGAAAGACAUAGUGAGUGGGAAGUGUAUACAGCUUUUAGGGUGGUUGAUUAUAAUAAAUAAAUGUUCCUGUUAUCAGUAUCUCAGAUGGAAACUGUCUAGUAAGAUGUUUGGGGUAUUGUGUACAUAAGUAGGGGAAAGGGUACAGUUGUCUAGAAUAACAUAAAUUAUGUUAUCUUGAAUGACUACUGCACCCAGCAUCACAGACCCUGAAUGUAAUAUCUGGUAAGACAAUGUUAGCGUAUCCUUGCAGGGUUAUAAAGCCUAGAGACUUACACAUAGCAAGUAGUUCUGAUGGAAGCUAGGUCUGGCUGCAGCGGACCUAGACUUCUACAAACCCCCUCCAGCUUUUAACUUGCAACAAAGUUAUUAGGCGGGACCCAAGAGAAUGACUGAACUACAUUAAACUACUUAGUUAAUCGAUGACCAUCAUCUGGGACAGAUCUUAUAAUAGCUGGGAUAAGAGCAGAGUGUAUCUGAUUUCAUUAUUUUUGGCUCUUCACAAGAUAUCUCCCAUGAUAAGAGAUGUGAAUAAAGAAAAGAGAGUGGAACAGGCACGGCGAUGGAUUGAGAGUGGUGAAACAUUUCAUGAUGUGAUUUUCACAGAUGAAUCGUCUGUUGCCCUUGAGCGGUUCUCCAGAAUGUCAUUCCGGAAACGUAACCAUAUCAUUAAAACCAUGCCCAAAGCAUCCAUUGAAAGUCCAUGUAUAGGGAGGCAUAUCACGAUUAGAAGCUGGUCCCCUGUUAUUUUUCGAAGGGAUCAUGGAUAAGAAAUGUUUCCAAGAAACAAUAGUAGAGGGAUGUAUGGUGCCAUUUGUGAAUAAAUAUUACCCAACUAACCAUAGGAUAUUCCAAGACAAUGAUCCUAAACACUCCGCCUCAGCCAAAUUUAUGGAAGAGAAAGGUAUGAAUUGGGAACGCACACCACCAGAAUCACCAGACAUGAACCCAAUCGAAUUAGUGUGGGCUCAAUUGAAGAGGUACAUUAGGAGUGUUGCGAAGCCAACAACAAAACAGCAGCUGUUGGAUGGGAUAAAGAAAUUUUGUCUAGAAGUACUCACACCUGAACAUUGUAAUAAUUAUAUAAAUCACCUGUAUAAAGUAUUACCUGUUAUAGUCGAAAGAAAUGGUCAAGCCACAAAUAUGUAGUUCUGUACUGUAUUUUCUGUUUAAAAUUUUAAAUUGGUGCAUUAUUAAAAAUGUUUAUAAAAUU